UGCUGAGGUCAGACCAAGACUCGUCACACAAGGGGUGGGUCUUACGGCGCAAAGGAAAACCCACCUUUUUCAUUGUUAGGGACAAGGUGGAAUGUGUUGGUUUGAUCCUACAGCUCAGGCGGGGAAUAUAGGGAAGAAACAACGAACGCAGAUAAGUAGGAAAAAAAGCCUUUUGCCGCUGGUGUACCAGAAAUCUGUGAAAUAACUUGUCUUUGAUUCAAACCUAGUCAUCUAAUCGGCACUAACCGAAUGAAUUUGGGGACUAUCGCAGAUUCUUUCAUCGCAAGAUGAUCGACACCCAUGUUAACCAUCAAGCUGAGGGAAGUUGAAGGAAUAAGACCCAACCAAAGGAAAAGGGAGAAGACAUUGUGAGGAAAGGAUUAAGGACUGGACACAACCCAACAUUACAAGCUUGUGACAUUUUAACCAGAGAAGGACUGCCAUACAAAUGUGGACCUCCCAAAAAGUGUUCAAAUAAUUUCCCCUUUGCAUCAAGAGGACAACAACAAUAAUCUCUGCGAUGUCUGAAAACAAAGACAUAACGAGUCGCCACUUGCAGCACAAGCUGCAGAGCCUGGGACGACGGCUGGACGAGCUUGAGGAGGCUACCAACAAGCUCCAGAAGUCAGAAGAUGAGCUGCUCGAUCUGCAGGACAAGAUUAUCCAGGCAGAGGGCAGCAACUCCUCCAUGUUGGGCGAUGUUGAGGGACUGCGCAAGCGCCUGCUAAAGAUUGAAGGCAAGGACGAGGAGGUGUGCAAGGCAGAGGACCUCUGCCGUAUGGUGCGGGAGAAACUGGAGGAGGAGGAGAGCUUGACCCAGGACCUCAAGUCUGAGAUUGAGUGCCUGCAGAGGAGAAUGGCUGAGCUGGAGAAGUUGGAAGAGGCCUUCAGCAAGAGCAAGUCGGACUGCAGCCAGCUGUGCCUCAGUCUCAACGAAGAGAAGAAUCUGACCCGGAAGCUGUUCUCAGAGAUGGAGGCCCUCAAGGACCGUGUGAAGGAAGUGGACACGUCAGAGGUAAGGCUGGACCGGGCAGAGAUGUUCCUGGCAGGGGAGCUGGAGAAGCUCAAGGGCCUCACUCAGACUUUUUUGAAUGAGAGGAAGAGACUCCUGGAGAAGCAAAAGGAGGAUGAGAAGCUUAUACUAAAACUGACAGAAAAGCUGGAGCGUCAGAACAGGAUUGACCCGGUAGAUCCCAGACGAAUUGAAGACGACCUGACCGGCAAGCUGGGGCGCAAGAAGGGCCUGGAUUACCUGAAACUGGGAGACGAGUUUGGGCUAAGGAACAAGUCAGAGAAUGAGAAGAACAGACUUGAUGGCCAGGAAGACAACAAAGUCAAGGAACUCACCCAGGAAGUGGAGAGGCUGAAGAACCGGCUGAAGCAGCUGGAGCUGGUGGAGGAGGAUCUUAAGAACACAGAGUCCAAGAAUGGAGAGCUGCAGGAGAAGUUCCAACAGGAGAGAUCCCGUAGCCGAGCACUCAACGAUCAGGUGGAGCAGCUUAGAAUUCAGCUGUGUGGAGGCAGCAGUCAUGGCAAUGGAGGACCUAGCAGUCCAGCAAAGGUCCUUGAGAAUGGCAAGGCAGAGAAUGAGGAGAUCAAUGUCCGUGGUGGGUUCAGGCAGGUCAAGCCCAAGUAUAGGCCUGCUGCAGAGCCAGCCACCCCCAAGUACAAAAGCAGAGAGCUGUCCCCGCAGCACAAGAUGGAGACCAAGCUGAGGAGCAAAGAACUGAGCAACUCUGAGGAAAGUUCUCCAAAGUCUGCCAGGAGGGCACUCAGUCCUGCACACAAGAGCAGGAGGACACCCAAGACUGGAACAUCAACUGCCUCUGACAAUGGAGUGAAAGAAAUAGGCAGAGGGGUAGAGGAGAAAACAACAAGAGGAGCAGCCCAUACUCCUGUCGGCACAUCUUUGAGUGACCGCAAGAAGCUCUCUGUUCUUAGUCGCUACCCUCCAGCAGCUAAUGACCAGAAGCCAUGGAAGAUAUCUCAGAAACCAAGUGAGAGUGAAAGCAAAAAAUGCCAAGUUGAUACGUUUUCUAGAUUGUAUGUCGGUAGUGACAGUGAGUCGAACAAUUCUGAUGUGGUGCCUGAAAGCUCAAGCAAAAGCAACAGUGUCUCACCACUUGAAAAGGAUGCAUUUCUGUCGGACCUGGAGUCUGUGGACCAGGUUCAAGAGGCUCUUCCAGUGUCAAACCUCUCCAAAGCCAAUGGGUCGUACAUUGCCUACAAGUCCCAUGUGUCCCCAAUGUUCAGUGAUCAUGGCUCUGAGGGCCACUCCUCGGCCUCUGAGACUGAAUCACCUGGGUCCAGGCCCUCGGAACCAGAACCUGUACCUGAGGUGACUGCACUGAGUAGCAGAACCUCCACCACUCCCAAGUGCUCCAGAUACUCUCGUAUACAGGACUCCCAGUCAGAGGGCUCCUCCACCAGGAGCUCGAUUGAUGAGGAGCAGCACAGGCUGUUGGUGGCAGAAGGAGAAUCCCUGGAGCCCACUCACACCCCAUCAGGUAUAGAGCUCCGCAGGGUCUGCAGCCCACGGGAAGCCCUGAGGUCAAAGGCAGUCAUCAAACCAGCCAUCGUGGAAAUUGAUAGGAAGGAAGUCAUGAUAUCCGGUGGGGCAGAGCCCUUGACCUCCUCCAAUGGCAAGCCCAAAAUUUCCACAAAACCAGUCCUGACCAGUAGCAUCACUAUCUACCCCAAUGAUCCCAACUCUUCCAGGACCAGCAGCCGCAGCAGCAGCGUAUCCAGCGAGCCACCAGUCAAGGAACGCCACACGUCCACCAGCAACAUCGUCAUCGGCCCCAGUGAGCACAGGGGAAGUAUCUCCAUCCCCUAUGAGAUCUCCCUCCCCAAGAGAGAGAUCACACCCUGGCCGUCCAUGGAUGGCCCUGACGAAUCAGGGGUGCUAGGGAUGGCCUGUGCAGAGACACACCUCCCCCGAAGCAACUUCAGCCUCCAGUCACCGGAGACCACCUCCGACUUCAACAACGACACAGAGUCGGGUUUCGAGAGCAGCAGUAGCAGCACUACCACAGUCACCAGCUGGAGGAGCCAACACCAUGGCCACCACACCUCCCAGGACGACAGCCUCCCAGAGAUGAGAAACGUGACGGUGCGAAGCACCUGGAAGAACAGGGGGGCGGCAUCUGUGGACGAGCCUGGCCGGGGGGCCAGGAUGUACGGGAUGGGCUCUGAGGACGAGGCAGAGUCGGCCACCACGUGGAGGGCUUACCGCGCCACCACCAUUCUGGACACGGAGGAGACGGUAAACGCCACAAGGGCUGCUACAUCACGGACAGCCAAGCCUUCCCCAGCAGAGCUGUAUAUGCGCAGGAUCAACAACAGUGUGGUGACCACCAGGGACAUCGCAGAGCCAGUGUGCCGGAGCAAAAGCUCCCUGUCGCCCACUGACGGAGGUCUGCGGAUGAGUAUCCCCCACGAGCCUGUCAGCUCUCAGAAGCUUGUUCCCUGGCGGACACAACCCAUGGCCGCUGACGAAACGGACCCCAACCCUGGGUCGUGGAGGACGAGGCCGGCGCUCGGUGACCUAGAUCCCUAUGAGAGCGAGAGGAGCUCCAGGACAGAUGUAGGGUCCAGCAGAGGGAUGAGGACCACAGCUUCCAGACCAGCACUCUUGUCCAAUAGGGGUCAUGCUGGCCUGGCGGAGGGAAGGACCGGGCGCGGCAAUCGACAGUGGAGCAAUCGUCAGACCGACGACUAAACCCGGCCAACCAUCUUAGUCGCUCUGCUUCAUAAUAUCCAGAGCUCUCCAUCCCCCCCCCCCCCCCCCCCCAACUGCACAACAAGGAGGAAUGUACUGCGUCCCACAUCUCUAAUCCCCCCCCCCCCCCCCCAGCAACAGCAGUGGCAGGCAAGUUCCUGCCAAGUCCCUGUCCAGCAACAACCCCAUGCUUCUGAGUCUAAAAACAAGAUGGCCACCUGUAAAACCUUCCACCACAACGUCCAUGUAUAAACCCUGGAUGACUAACUGGGUGCUGUAUUGAAGCCACCGCGCAGCCAUCUUGAUUUUUCGAAGCUAUGGAAAUGCAUUUAUUAAUGUCUACAUACGUUUUUGACAUUCUAUUACAGACACAUAAACAUAAAAAUAAAAAAACGUGAUGAAAACAUAUCCCUUUAAGUAUUUUUUGUAGAGUACUAAUGUUUACUCUCCCCACUACAACAACAAAAUACUUAAAUACAUGUCAUUUUGACCUUAAAACAUUGCAUUGAAAUACUCCUAGAAUACAUUCCUAUGGAGGGCUGCUCAUUCUAGGGAGUGCCAAUAUGGCCGACCGGUGGUUUCAAAGCCUCUCAGUGGUUUAUACAGAGUGUCAGCAAUCCAGAGUUUAUAUACUUCAUUGAUCUGCACAGACCACUUCAGUUGUAUUAUAAUAUGCCCAUAUACAGUGUUGCGAUGGAGUGGUCCUCACCACCCUCUUCCGCUUCUUCUCUUACCUGAUGUAUUAUAAUGUAUUGCUCCGACUUGACAAGGGAGAGACGCUCACUCGGGUGACUGGGUCUAGCGGUGUGUGUGUGUGGGGGGGCGAGAGAAGGGGGAGUGACACAGGAAGGAAGGAUUUGUUGUCUUUCAGAAUGGACCGUUACAAAACCUCACUUUGGAACUUCUAAGUGGCGCUCCCCCAAGCUGCACCAAGAUGUGACCAAAAACAGGGAGCGAAUUACUUCCAUUUUUUUUUUUAUGUCCUCUGAUCUCGGAAAUGUGUGUGUUUUUUUUGCUUAAUUUGUUGAGCUUUUGUCCAUGUGUUUGCUUCAUACUGACAACCAUAGCAGUUUUUGCAGGGUUUUAUUUUGCACAUCGUACACAUACACCUUUAUCUAUUUUGAACCUACAAACAUGACUAUCGUCCCAGAGAAUGCAUAAUGUGGGCCUAAAAGAGGGUUGACUGUAGGGCUUUGGGGAAGUUUGCAUGUUUCAACAUAAUGUAUAAGAGGAGCAUUUUGGAGUCAUGUGCCUCCAGUUUCCCAGCAUGUUGUCUGCUUCACGGACAACAAAGACAAGGACCCUGUCAUAGACACGUUCUUUAUUUUCUUAUAGGCUGCAAACUCAAUAUCCUCUUCAACAUCUGUCCCUAUGCAAUAAGGAAGAUAAUAGCCAAGUACUUUGAUCAACAACCUUCAAUUGUGCUUCAUUUGGUUCCUCGGUAAUUCGCUCCCUGUUGCCCUCCACCAUCUCUUCCCCCUGCUCAACUGGACUUUAGAAUGUGUAUAUUGUGACACACAGCAGAAAGGAAGGUCCCCCCCCUUUUGUCUGCACUCAAUGAAUGAUGGAUUGCACUUAUUUAAGCUUGGGGGACAUGCAUUUGUCAUCUGGAACAGGACUACUAUUCCUAUGGUGCACUGCUUCAGCGCACUUUCCUCCAACUGUAACUGAUGCUCUGGAUCUAGCAGUAAAAUGUGCUGCGCUGCUGUGAACAGCCAAUCAGACAUCAAAAUUCUCCAAUCACCAAAAGGAACAAUCAGUCCAGAUACACGCGACUGUGCUUGCGGUGCGAUUCGUCUCAACUUCUCCCUGUUUCUGUAGAAGUGUAUUUUGUUGUAAUAUUUAAACUGGACUUUUCAUUGUUGGAUUAGGGAGGUUUCUCUGUCACUCUGGACAGAAACAGAGAUCACUGGGUUGCCAUAGAAACACAAGUAGUCUGGCAGGUGGUGAGACCUGAUGUACUCAUACAAACAAUACUCUGAACUACAAACUCUGGUAGGAAGUUUCCCCUUGAUACUGGUCAGUCAUUGUCAUUUAGCAUUGCCUGUGUAGUAGCAGCCGACCAGCCGUUUCACUGUUAGCUUUCAUAUUUAUUUGUUAUUUACCACAAAAUGCAUAACUAUUUUUGUCAUUGUGAAUGUUGCAAUUUGGUGAUGGGGACCUACCAUUUACAGUCCUUUAGAUUUCAUAGUGUAUUGAUUAUGGGAAAUUGAAGAAGUCAAUUACACACAAAGAAUGCAAAUAUAAUCACCCCUAACCCCGAAAUCACCACGUUGUGUUCCUCUAACCUUGUGGAAAUGUGAGGUGCAAUUCCCCUCCUGCUGGCUACACAUUACUAAGCUGUUGAGCCGAGGCGGUGUGAAUUACUCCCUAGUAUUUCCGUCAAGGUUGGUCUAAAGAUUGUGUGGACAAGUAUAAUGAAUGCAGUCAUUACACAUUUGUAGAGAAUAUUUUAUAGAAGACCAUUGUGGUUUCAAUUGAAGAAAAAUCUACUGAGGAGUAAAAGACCCCCAAUCUUUUGAAUUGAAUCAUUUUUUGUUUCCCCCAAAAAAUCUUCAAAGGGCCCAUUAAAAUAAUGUUCGCUGCCCAAAAUGUUCUGAUCUUUCUAUUUGCCGGUCAGAAGUGCUCCAGCUCGGCAUCAUAAAGCAUUAGUGUUGCCAUGUGGCCCCUUACACGGCUACUGGCCCAUCCUGUGAACAUGUGUUCAGUGCAAACACACACACCGCUUGAUGUUGUUCAGAAGCCCGGUGCUGAUGUGCCAAGGGCUACGUGAUGACUUAUCCACUUCAGAAGGCUUCUGUUGUUGACCAGUCCUCGGUUACCAGGAUGACAACUGCCAGAAGGCCACUCGUUCCAAAUCUGUAUUUCCGACCUCAUCCCUUCUUUCCUGCAGUGGUUCCAGUUUCCCUCCUUCCUCCCUCCUCCCCCCCCCCCUCCAAGAAUGCCUUGAUUCUUAACGACCGUGAUAAGUAUUGCUAGGUCUGAGAGCCGUUUUACAGUCUGCCAAAGCUUGCCGGCAGACACUGAUAUACAGCCCCCGGGUAGCCGAAAGGUCAAAGGUCAAGGCUGGAGCUAAUCGCGUCUUUCCCUUGGACUUUGGGGGUGAAAGCAAAAUGAUUUGGCAGCGGCCAGCACUAACCCGAAAUGGAGGCAGUUGAUGAGUGCCAGUCAGAACUGGCUCGCGCCGAUGUGUAAACCAAAAUCCACGUGCUGGUUGUACAUCAUAGCCAAAGGGUUUGUGUGAUGCUCAUAUAAAAGUGUCUGUGCAGACUCUUGUUUCGAUUCACUCACUGGGGACAGUUUGAUAGUCUGCAGUUGGCUAGUGAACUCCAGCCCAUUUGAAUGAGAUGCUGAUUUCAGAGGCCCGUGUCAAAGUUGAGCCCAGGAACAUCACAGGCUGUCAUUCCCAUUAGACCUACAUCACCAUGGGUCGGCUAUCAUCAUAUUUCAUUGAUCCUAUGAUGCAAGGCCAGCACCCCUGUCUGCUCAGAUAAUCAAGAGUGAUCGCUGCUGUAGGGAGAUUGACCUUCUCCGAUCAUACCUAAUCUGACAGAGGGAGACUAGGUUUAGAAAGGAAAAACCUAUUUUUGAGAUGAGAACUAAACUCUUAACAUUCCUCAUUAUGUAACUUCUGGUAUAUAAACAUCUGUUAUUUACGAGCCAUUGUUUUUUUCCCCCUCUCUUACACGGUAGCGUAGAAUGUAGUUAGUGGAGCGGGACCAGAGAGCAGAAAUGGCUCUUUGGAGUGACUUGCCAUUCGUCCUGUAAGGCCUCUUGUAAGGCGAGGGUUCAUGGUGUCUUUGGACGUCAGAAACGGUAAUCUGCACUUAACCAGCACUUAAAUCAAGACUACAUAAUUAAGACCCUACAUAAGACCCUACAUAAGUCCCUACAUAAGACCCUACAUAAGUAAGACCCUACAUAAGUUCCUACAUAAGUAAGACCCUACAUAAGACCCUACAUAAGUUCCUACAUAAGUAAGACCCUACAUAAGUUCCUACAUAAGUAAGACCCUACAUAAGUAAGACCCUACAUAAGACCCCACAUAAGUAAGCCCCCUUUUAACCGCCCUUUUGUCAAACAUUGCAUUUGCGUUUCUCCCUGAGAAUUGUAUUCCACUCUUCGCUGAAUGUAUGGUCAUCAAAGAUGUUUAUAUAUAUAUUAUUAUAUAUAUUAUUAUUAUAUAUUAUUAUUAUAUAUAUUAAAUGUGUGUUUCUGCACCGGCCAAAUUGAAAAAGUUGCUUGGAGCAAUUGCAAAACAACUUGUCUGAUAAUGUGAGGAGUUGUGGACUGUCACGUUUAUUGUACAGAUUAUUAUAAAGUCCUUUUUUUUUUACAAUUGAUUUCCUGAGCACUUAUGUGUCUCUGCCUUCUAAAACUGUGCCAUAAUCAUUCCAUAGCAUGUCCAGUUUACAGUCUGAGACAGCGUCAGUGUUUUCCAAGAUGGAGACCCUGUCUCUUCAACUGUGCUGAAAUAAGGGGAAAUAUUACAUUUGAGGGUUUCUUUUGUUUUCAACUCAUGUAUUUUUUUUGGUUUCAGUUUUGUAAAACAAAAGAUGUCUUAUUUUGGAAGCUGUAUCGGAUAGAUUUUAUUUAAGAAAAUCUUGUAAUUUUGUAAAGUGGGCCUUAUUGAAAUAUAUGUAGGAUUUUGUUGUUGCUAGAUAUGCAUCUUUCUCAUUAAUGCACUCCUGGAGAGUACUUCCUGUUUGUUUUUUAAUGUGAGAGAUGUCAUGAUCUCGAGCUAUGACAUGAGAUGGCAAGCCAACAGAGACUUGUCAUAGUCUCUGUCGAUUUGAGAGUAAUGUACGUUUUAUCAAGAGCGUGUCUGCUCUGUCCACGCAGUCUGAAGUCAUUCUCCAUGUGGCGUCCUGUUAUUAGUGGUUCAGGAAUCAGUCAUUCUAACAGGUUCUCUGUUUUCUCUCUCAUGCAUUCAGGGUUUAUUCAUCUUGUGUGCUGUAUGUACGUGCUGCCAAAGAAAGAGAUGUUCAGGCCUCGAGACACACACCUACACACACUCCAACAUGAACAACUGGAUAUUCUCCACACACACCUACUCACACUCCCACAUAGACACACAGAGGAAUUUCGUCCUGUACGAUCAAGUUGGAAAUCAUGCAUUUUAUAUUGCAGUGUGUUUAGAAAUGACUCUUAAGCGGCUGGAGGGAACCUAUGGUCAUAUCAAAGAGAGAAACAUUUGUUAGGAAAUCAGAUCAAAAGGGUUAUUGUGGAUGUCGCUGCUCUGAGUUUCAGAGAUACACGGCAAACUGUGCGGGAUGCUUUUUCUGUCCUAGGGUAAUAUACGUUUGUGCAUGUUUAACCUUAGCGCAUUCUGCAUGUAGGUCUCUCGAAGCUGCCAACUGUACAGUGGAUUAUGUAUUCCAAUAAAAUAAAUAAAUAAAUAAAAUAAA